AGUUGUUUCCUGUAUGUGUUUCCUCUUCAACGCCAUUUAAGAGCAGUAGCCUACAUCCUUCUAGACUCAAAACACUGUCUGUCGUCCAUCAGUCAUUAUGAGUCUUAUAACAGCAUUCCUGCUAAUGAUCCUUACAGGACAAAGCUCAUCUGAAUAUCUGCAGCAACUCCUGUGCCCCUAUGAGAACAAGAAUGGAUCUGAGAACAGGCCCAGGGUGUGGUGCAAAAGAGAUGCCCAGGAUCAAAACUGCUGUACGGGCUUCUCGUUUCAGCGAGGCGUCAAUGUUUUGGAGCAAGGCAACAUAGUUGUGAAGGACAAUGGAAAGUCCUUCACCAUCUCUGUAAGGACACUCACACAAGGGGAUGGAGUCUACUGGUGUGGGUUCAUGACUGAAGACAAGAUCAUCGUUAAACUGGCCGAGGAUUAUUUUACCAAUACUCCUUUUAACUUUGCUUGGUCCAUCCUCCGCUGGAUUGUAUUUGUUUUGCUCGCUGUGAUGACCAUCUCAGCUCACAUUUAUUCAAACAGGAAACAUGGAAAUACAAAGACGACAUAAGAACACAUUACAUGACAUCUAAUGCCAAGAAAAGCAGUGGAAAAAUGAGGCAGUCACAUUCACUGAAGAAUAAAGAAAUUUCUAUUGUUGUUAUUCCUUAUUUUAUAUAAAUGUGUGUAUAUAUAUAAUUUGCAGAAGGGCUCACAGUGAGAAUAGCAGCAUGAUUAUAUUAUGUUUCAUUUGUUAGGUAAUUCAUUAUAUAUAUAUGAAGAGUUUAUUUGCAAAAAUUUUUUUUUAACAUUUUCAAAAGUAAUGUUAUUUAUUAUGUUAUCAUGUUUUUAUAGUUUUAUGGUGUUAUUUAGCUGUAUUUUUUAGUUGUUUUCACUUAAUAAAAACAUGAUUUUUGAAAA